AUGCGCAACGCCUGUGACUAUCGAGUAUCGUUCGAUCUUACACCCUAUGGAGAUCUCGCGUUUUUGGAGGCCUUCGCGCCUGAUACACCAAAGACAGCACCGGCCGCGCCAAGCGAGGCUAGCGGCUCUGAAACCGCUGACGCGCAGUUAGCCACAGUGCCAUUCUUCAAGAAUUUCCAGGCUGAUCUUGUGGAAUUACAUGCUAGGGCUCUUGAAAGCUUGGUUUGUCGCUGCGGGCGCGAGCCCAGGUGGCAUUGUGCCAAGGCCGAUUUGCUGCUGAAUCCGAUUUCAAAGCAGCGGUUGGCUUCAGCUUCCGACCCACGAUCCGCGCUUAAAGGUUACCUGGUGGCAGCGUCACUAGCGACCAACUUCUUUUCCGACAUGGUUUCAGUGGGGGACAUCAUAGACCAGAGCUCGCUUGUUCGAUUGAGCCAAUGCCUUGUAAAAGUGGGUGCACAUGUCGCUGCUGCAGUGCUGUACCAGUGCUUCAUGCCUGAAGAGUUCAAGUACGGCCUCCGAAUCUUACGCCUGGCCCCCGAGUCCCACGAUAACGCCUUCUUUCAAUACUUUUGGGAGUUGCCGUUCCUGGAGAUGCUCGUGGACCUGCAUUCAAGUCCAAAGUAUCUCAAUGAAAGACACGUGACGCUGCUCACAAACCUGAUCCAGUCCCCUGAGCUGAAUAGCUCGAACCCUGCGCCAGUUGUGAAAGAUGCCGAGCAGCGCAUCCUCCGCUGCUACUUCCGUGACCUGUGCCGAAUCUAUCUCGGUAACUAA